CAAGAGACAUACGCAACAGAUUCCAGUACCGAUGAAGAAAUGAGCUUUGCUAGCCAUCUCAGCUACGAAGGAUUGACAAGAAAUGACAUUCCUUGCUCAAAAAAAGGCACCAGUGCUCAAAACUGUCAACAACCCGGUACGAGUGCAAAUCCUUAUACCCGUGGAUGCAAUAAGAUCGACAGAUGUAGG